AUGUCGACUAUAAUCACAUCUCCGGCACCAGCUCACGUAAAAACUCGCUUUCUUGUCAUAUCCGAUACCCACUCUGCCACUCCCUUGCAGAAUACCGCCAAUAAUGACACAGCCUUUCGUCCACCGCUCCCCAAAGCCGAUGUACUUCUCCACUGCGGCGACUUGACCAUGGUUGGUCACUUGGCAGAGUAUGAGAAAACACUGGACAUGCUGGAGGGUAUCGAUGCUAGUCUGAAGCUCAUCAUUGCGGGCAACCACGAUAUUACUCUAGAUGCAGACUAUUAUGGCAAAAAAGGCAGAUUUAUGCACGGGAGACAGUAUGAUCAAGAAAUAUCGGCUAAAGCAAGAGAGUUGUGGACUGGUGAGCGAGCCAAGCAGGCAGGCGUAACUUAUCUCGACGAGGGAGUCCAUGUGUUCAAGUUGGAAAAUGGAGCAAAUUUGCGGGUCUAUGCAUCUCCCUAUCAGCCCGAGUUUUGCGGCUGGGCAUUUCCUUACAAUCGAGAUGAAGACCGUUACAAUCCCUCCCACCAAUGCACUCCAUAUGCCAAACCCAUCGCCGAGAACCCUAUCCCGGACUACCCUAACAUCGAUGUCAUGAUGACCCAUGGACCGCCUUUUGGUGUCUUGGACGCAACGCAAACCGGCGAGCUAGUCGGCUGCCAACACCUCCUACGGGCUGCCAGACGCUGCAGACCACGUUUACAUUGCUUUGGACACAUACAUGAAGGGUGGGGCGCACAGAAAGUGCUGUGGAAUAACGGGGAACUGGAUAUCAAACCUGAACAGUGUAUCCAAAGAGCUGAUACCAUACAUGUUGAUGGUGGGAAGACCGCAAACGAGAGGGCAGCGACUGUGGAUAUUAGCCAGGGAAGCAGCACUUCAGUCGAGUUUGGAAAGGAGACUUUGAUGGUCAAUGCCAGCAUCAUGAAUGUUCGGUAUGACCCACGGAACGGACCAUGGCUUGUGGAUAUGGAUCUUGAGCGAACCAGUUGA